CUGAGCCCGUGCCGUGUCCCCAGCGCUGCCCUGCUGACCGGCCGGCUCCAGGUGCGCUCCGGGAUCUACCCCGGCGUGUUCGACCCGGGCUCGCGGGGCGGGCUCCCGCUGGCCGAGGUCACCGUGGCCGAGCUGCUGAAGGCUCGCGGCUACGCCACGGCCAUGGUGGGCAAGUGGCACCUGGGCUUUGGCGAGAACGGCUCCUUCCUGCCCGUGCACCAGGGCUUCGAUCACUUCCUGGGCGUGCCCUACUCCCAUGACCAGGGUCCCUGCCAGAACCUGACCUGUUUCCCACCCGACACCAAAUGUUUUGGGACGUGUGACCAGGGCGUGGUGCCGCUGCCGCUGCUCUGGAACCAGAGCAUCAUCCAGCAGCCCGUCUCCUUCCCCGACCUCGUGCCCCUCUACAACAAAUUCUCCCGGGAUUUCAUCGCCGACUGCGCCCGCAGAGGCCUCCCCUUCCUGCUCUACUACGCUUCCCACCACACCCACUACCCCCAGUUCGCCAGCCGGGAGUUCGCGGGGCGCGCGCGGCGGGGCCACCCUGCCCUGCUCGGGGUGUCACCUCCCUUGCCUCCUGCCCUGUGUCACGUCACGCCGUCACCGUCCCCGGUCCGGCGCACGCGGUGGCAGCUGCUCCUUGUCCCCACUGUCCCCAGCCCCUCCACCCUGCGCAUGGCACGCGGCGGCAGCGCCGGCCACCUCAAGUGCGGCAAGGGCACGACCUACGAGGGCGGCAUGAGGGAGCCGGCCGUGGCCUUCUGGCCGGGCAGGAUCGCGCCAGGCGUGACCCACGAGCUGGCCAGCACCCUGGACGUGCUGCCCACCCUGAGCGCCCUGGCCGGAGCUGCCCUCCCCCAGGUGGCCCUGGACGGCUUCGACCUGAGCCCGCUGCUCUUCGGCUCGGGCAAGAGCCCUCGCCAGGCCGUGUUCUUCUACCCUCCGUCCCCCGACCCCCUGCACGGCCCCUUCGCCGUCCGCCUGGGCAAGUACAAGGCUCAUUUCUUCACCCAAGGUUCCUUCCACAGCGGCACCACCCCGGACCCGGCGUGCCAGGGGUUAACGCCGCUGACCCCGCACUCGCCCCCGCUGCUCUUCGACCUGGAGUCGGACCCCGCCGAGAACUACGACCUGCUGCAGGGCCAGGCCAGCCCCGAGCUGCUGCAGGUGCUCAGGGACAUCACCCUGCAGAAAGUGCUGCUGGAGCAGCGCCUGGAGUUCGGGGAGAGCCAGAUCAGGAAGGGCCGGGACCCCUCGCUGCAGCCCUGCUGUGCCCCCAGCUGCAGCCCCAAACCCUCCUGCUGCCGCUGCUCCCUGCUCUGACACCCCCCAAAAAUUCCUGCCCCCCCGUCCCAAAUCGCCCAGCUCGGCCUCAGAGCUGCCCCACAGCUCGGGGGGACCCCCUUGGACACCCUUGGAGUGAUGGGGAGCUGGGGUGAAACGGGGUCCGGGGGACCCCAAAUGCGCCAGGAGUGUGAGCAGUGCUCCGUGUGGGACAUUCCAGGUGGGGCUUUGGGAGGGGUCCUGACCCAUUCCAGGUGGGGCUUUGGGCGGGAUCCUGACCCAUUCCAGGUGGGGCUUUGGGCGGGAUCCUGACCCAUUCCAGGUGGGGCUUUGGGCGGGAUCCUGACCCAUUCCAGGUGGGGCUUUGGGCGGGAUCCUGACCCAUUCCAGGUGGGGCUUUGGGCGGGAUCCUGACCCAUUCCAGGUGGGGCUUUGGGCGGG